CGGAAAAUGCCUUCGCCAGGGUGUAAAACGGAAACGCGCAGGUGUGAAAACGUUACUUUAAAUCCGAGAAAUCUGAUUUAUUACAAGGAUAAUAUCAAGAUUUACUCUGGGGUCAGACUUUCUUUUAUCAGGAACAUCAUGAUUCGUCAGGGGACAGCGCAGGAGAAACAAGGAGAUCUGAGUGAUUUGAAGGAGAAGACAACUGCAGAACUGAUUGAUUUAUUAGCCAGGCAGGAGAAGCUACUAGCAAAUAGAAAUUUCCUGAUGCGAUUACAGGACAAGGGGGAAAAAGUGGAAAACCUUGCUGAGAAAUUGAGAUUACUGAUAAAGGAGCGUGAGGAGGUGGACAAAGCUGCAAGACUAUUUGAAAAAAUGGACAUCGGUCAAGCGGAUUCAACCAUAACUCAUGUGACAGAGAGGACGGUAAUCGACCAAUCUAAAACCAGUGUAACAGGGACGGUUAAGAAAAGUAACGUCUCUGAUGCAAGCGUCGUGAAGCGAGAAAAUAGAGACAAAUUCAAACCGAACAAGGACUUGAAGUCGACUGCGAUACCCGAUGGCUUGCCAAGACCUUCUAUAGAGCCUUCUCCGUUGAGAGGUCAGGGAUCACAUGAAAGGUCGUCGAUGGAUGAGAGGGAUGCUGACCUGUCGUCAGCGAAGAUCCCACCACUGAAGAAUCAAGAAGCCCAGGUUGUAGAAUUCAGCGAGUCUGCCAAAUUACUCGAGGAACAGAAGAAACAUGCAGAGGCUUUAGUUGCCAAGCAAGCGGCUGAGAGAUUGACAGAAAGGCUCCAUAUCCAAAUGGGUGAUUUCAUCCCUGAAGUUCAACAAGGAAGUUACCGAGGCGGUGAAAUUGAUAGUGAUGAUGAGGAAUCAGAAGAAGGAUCAGAUGACGAAGGAUCGGAUGAUGGAGGGGAAGGUGAUGGUGAUUGAUGGUGCUUUGUUCUUUACAAGAGGCAUCAAUUUCAGUCAGUGGUGCUCUAUCAGGCCAUGGAAGCAAUAAAAGCUUUACCUCAUGGCUGGGAGGAGGCCUACACAGCUGAUGGAAGACAAUACUACUUCAAUCAUGUCACUCAGUGUACAACGUGGAUACACCCCCUUUCUGAUGCUAACCAUCUUCCAAGCAUAAAUGAGAGAUAGUCUGCCGGAGACAAGGAUGUGGUACCAAUCUUGAAUCUUCAUCUGCACUGAAUGUCUGGUGUGAUCACUUGUUGGUAUUUACAUAGACAUGUAUAAUCCACCUGUAUAGAAAGACCGCCUCAUAAAGACCAAUCGUUAUAUCCUUUGAAACAUAGAACAAUGGAACCUUUUUCAUAAAUUCCUCUUUUUCUUAUGUAAGAGAGAUGACUUACCAGGGACUGGCACUUGGACACCAGUAAUUAUAAACACUUUAAUUUUGGUGUUCCACUUACAUGUGUAUCUACUUAGUAUGGGAGAUUUUCACCUUUAAAAUCAAAUUGAAUGAACCAAAUGUCAGUUUAAAAGAUUUUAUAUGCAUUCACUACUCGCGAGCCAAGGUAGGAAAUAAUGUUUAUUUCUAGGGGCACUUUUCCCACCUUGGGGGGCAAUUGCUAAAUUUUUUGGGCUAUUCUUUCAUUUUCAAAGUCUACUUCAAUCAUUUUGCUUUUCUCAUUAUAUUCUGCUCUAUGUAGAAGAUACAUUUUCAAAACACUCUUAGAAAUUGUUUUGUGGCAGAUCUUGGGGUGAAUAAGGAAAAUAUUGUUGCCCUAAAGCAUUCAAAUUUUUGAAUUUUAGGGGUGAUUUCCUACAUUUUCAUGAACUCAUCUUUUAUGUGUUUUGUAUGACUUUUAUGUAUCUCAAAGGAGCAGGUCCAAGCUAUUAUCUCUGAACAGUAAUUUUCUGUUGAAAAAAUUAUUUUUCCGUUUCUGAAAACCUUUUAUUCUGUUUCCAACUUGGUGUAAAAUGAAAUUCUGUUUUGUCAUUAAAAAAAUUUACACAGAACAAACAUGAACCCUUUUGCAAUGAAAUUUCCCACAGAAAGUAUAGUACCAAAACAGAUUGUUUGUUUUUAUUAAGCUGUCAACAGAAAAUCACUGUCACCAUUAAACUAUUUGCUGUCAUCCAAAAGUAUCUGAAUUAUCUGUAACAGUUGUUUUUAAAAUAGAUGCAUACUGGGAGGACAUGGUCAUGGAUACUAGUAAUCAAAAAUACUUUGUGCAUAAGGUUGGCAAUGAUUUGCGUACAUUGUGUGGCUUAUCAACAGUAUGCUGUCGGAUUAGUACUAGUAGGAUUUUUUGUGGAGUUAACUUGGUUUGCAUGAAGUUACUAAUUGUAAUACUUUGUGUUGAAUAUUCUGCAAAAGUGGACCCAAAGGUUUUCCAGAGUUUUUCCCUAAUGAGUUUUAUCUCUGGUUUUUUACCCUGGAUCUACUUGUCGUAGAAUUUCAAGGGGAAUGCAAGUCCCGAACCAUGGGGGAAAUUGAAUCGUAAGCCAUGCGAAAGGCUUGUUUACUUUGAUACACGCAAUGAUAAUACUGUAAUGCGAGUCUGUUGGAUUAAUGAAAUAAAAAAUCGGAAAGCACAAAUUCGACUCAACCCAGGGUCGUUAUUUAUUUUGGUUACAAUCCUUCGGCCUAGACAAACCUCUUGUAUCACACAUAUGUGUUCAAAGUGAAAAUUUAGUUUGCUUCUGGAUUGCUCGACUGGUUGGUCAGCCUUUAAUCUGAUCCUUCUGUUUGACCCUUUUAGACACACUGGCACUGAUUAUUUAAUACCCCUUUAGGCUUGUCUCAGAUUCUACUUGUAAUUGCUCUUUUAUUUGUAACCAGCCACCCCCAAACCAACAAUAAGUUGCAGGGGAAGGUUCUCUGUAGAUUAGGGGGUAGAUUAGCCAAAAUAGUAAAUUUGAUCCUCAAAAUGGGAGAAAAAAAAUUGCUUAUUUUAAAGAGUAAUUCUUCAUUCUAUCAAAGAUUGUAAUUUAGAAAAGUUGAAUAGAAAAAAUAGAUAUAAGAGUUUCUUUGACACAAGUUUUUGCAGACUGCUUGAAAGUUCCACAGUGUACAUCUCAUGCUUGAGUGAACUCCAAAUUUCGAAUGUUGUUUUCUCCUCGUUUUUUAAAGCUCUCGCUUAGUUUUUCUGCAUUCAGUGAAGUGUUUGUGUGGGUUAUUGUUUAUCAAUUUUGACAAGUUACAAUUUAUAUCUCAUUUGAAAGCUUAAAGGAUGUUCUUUUUCGAACUCAAUAAAAAAAUCUCAAAAUUCAUGUUGGGCAACCUUAUCGCUGGUUUAGGGGUGGCUGUUCUAUUGACUUAUAGCAUGAAAUUUGAAAUGCAGGGCAAUAUGUAAUGCCACUCAGCAUAGACUAUUAUCGUAUGAUUCGUAUCGAAUCUAAUUGAGGCUGAGCCGAGCAAGACAUGCUUCCCCUUGGUUCGUGACUUGCGUUCUCCUUUAACACAUCUGAUCUCCCCCCCCCCCCAAUUCUGUGCACAAUACCUUUAUCAGUGUUAACUUUUGUCCAAUUUUGUAAAUUAUCACACAAAAAGACUUUAUGAUAUGAAUUUUUUUUAUUUCAACUUCUAAAUUAGAGAAAGCUAUUUUAAAUACAGGAAUAGCCAAGUAUGGAAUUGGCUAAUCCAGUCCUUUUGUGUUUUUCAAUUUCACAAAAUAUUUUUUGUAUCAUCUGCAUAGAUAAUGAAAUUUUAUAUUUUAAAGGAUUUAAUGAUGUCAAUGACACAAAUUAAUUAAAAACAACAAUAAUAAACACCCAAGUACACUUCAUUUCAGGAUAGCACAUGUUUUGGAAAAAAUAUCUUUGGAAAAAAUAUCAGAUUAAAAGUUAUUAAAAGAAGUAAACUAAAUUGGUCCAAACAUGUGCAAGAUGAAAAAGGUGGCUCUGGUCAAAGCCACAGAGGUCAUUGGGUACCCCAAAAUAUCCUGUUUUCAUGUAGAAAUGAAUAACCAUGUGAAGAUUCAACUUUAAACUUACCUCUUGCAUAUGAGUGUGACAAAGAUCGUGAAUCCAUCUAUUUUAUUUCAAAUUUUCACAAGUCCCAGUAAUAUAUAUACAUGGUGCUAGUGAUGUGUUUUUUUUCUCCUUAGAUAUAUCCAGAGUACAUGUAUAUAGUCCUGGUGUUAGAUAUUUGAAAAGCUUAUGAAUCUAGCAAAAUAAUUAUUGGCACUGUUUCACAAAUAGAUAAAUCUGACUGAAAGUCAUGCCCAAUUGUUAAUGUGCAAAAUGAUAUUUCAUGUGCAGUCUUAUUGAUGUAUACACAGUAGAGUGCAUCUUCUGAGGGUGAUCCAAUCAAUAUGAUGAUCUAUUAUUUCCCACAUGCAAGUGAAAAUUAAGAGUAAUUUUUUGGUCACACUCAAAUCUUUGUGAAAUGCUUCUUUGAUCUGUCUCUUACUGUAUGUCACAUGUAAUGUACAAUAGCUUGGACCUGCCCUAUAAUGUUUGCUUUCUGUACUAUGUAAUUGUUUUUUUGAUG